CAGCAGAAUUUGGGGUGGCGCGCGCAUGUCGCCACUGUUUUGCUGGUCGGAAGCGCACAGUUAGAGAUGGCAGCAGAGCCGUAGCAGACGGUGAGGCCUGCACGGUUCCCGACAACCGCUACGUGACGAGCAGGGAUUGUAAAUAAAGGAGCGAACGAGUUCCAGUGGCAUCAUGGGACACAGAGUGGGCUAAACCGGAGAGCCUAGCUAAACACAUCAAUUGCAUCCCACUGUGGUGUAUGACAUGGCCACGGCCUCAUCCAGAGCAGAGACUAACCAUAACCACAGACAUACAUCGCAGCUCCAUGCCAUCGUUUCCUGUGCCAAACUCAAACGGAAGAAGAGCCUGUUUGGGACCGCCAUUUACGUGGAGGUGACAGCGGAUGGAGAGUCACACCGCACGACAAAAUCUCACAGCUCCUCCAAUCCUAAAUGGGACGAGAGGCUCACGCUGAAUGUAACGCCACAUACACAAGUGGAAUUCAAAGUAUGGAGUCACCACACCCUGAAAGCAGAUGCUCUGCUGGGCAAAGCCAAACUGGAUCUAAUUCAGGCUUUGGAGCAGCAUGACAGAAAAUUGGAGAAUGUGAAGGAGGUGCUGAAGCUGAGUGUGGAGCAGAAAGGAGUCACGGUGCCUAUAGGGGAGCUGAUGGUGUACCUGGACGGGCUGAUCACCAGUUAUGAGGAAGUGCCACCUCUCACCAAUGGCAAUGCAUCAACUGCCCCUAGUGAGCUCAGUAUUUAUAUUAGAGAAGUCCAUCAGAAUGGCGACGCUGUCCAUGAAAACGGAGACUCCUCCUCAUCUUCGUCAAGGGCUGCUAACAGCACAAUGAAUGGAUCAGAGUUGGGCCCAAGGUCGGGUUCCUGUUCAGCCUCCAGCGGCGCAGAAGGUCAGGUGCCUUCCAGCUCCUGUAGCCCAGCACGUGAUCACGCAGUCAACGGAGACGCAACCUUUAACUCCACUCCAGUCCACCAGCCAUCAGACGGCGAGACACAAAGUAGAAUAGUAAAUGGGGAGUCCAGUGAGGCUGCUGUCAGGCAAACGUCCUCAGCAAGAACAGAUGUGCCCUCUACAGGCAGCCACGAGGACUGCGCUGGAGAGGCCGACUCGGCUGCAGCCCCGAACAGCACGUCGCCGUCUCUGCCAACUUCCGCGUCUCCUGUAGCCUCCGCUUCUGCCGCUGCUAAACCUGCAGACGGCACCGCCGCUGCUUCCACCACAUUGGCCUAUGCAACCCAAGGGACCAGCACCGCCACGACAUCCUCCAAUUCGUCCUCUUCCCCCCCGCCUACGGGAGAAGUGAAUGCUUCCGGAGCCGGGGGCAGCAACAGCAACAGCAACAGCAGCAGCAAUGCAACAACAACUGCAGACGGGGUCAAGCCCAGGCAGCCGGUCUCUAAUGCUGCAUCCUCUGAUCCUCUACCACCAGGUUGGGAGCAGAGAAAAGAUCCACAUGGGAGAACGUACUAUGUUGACCACAACACCAGGACUACCACAUGGGAGAGACCACAGCCACUACCGCCAGGAUGGGAGCGUCGCGUAGACGAACGGGGCCGGAUCUACUACGUGGACCACAACACCCGCACGACUACCUGGCAGCGUCCCACCAUGGAGUCGGUGCGCAACUUUGAGCAGUGGCAGAGCCAGCGCAGCCAGCUGCAGGGAGCUAUGCACCAGUUCAACCAGAGAUACCUCUACUCUGCAUCUAUGAUGACUGCUGAGAAUGAUCCACUUGGACCGUUACCUCCUGGCUGGGAGAGGCGCGUGGACUCCAAUGACAGAGUUUACUUUGUCAACCACAACACCAAGACCACACAGUGGGAAGACCCGCGAACUCAAGGGCUUCAAAAUGAGGACCCUCUGCCUGAAGGCUGGGAGAUCCGCUACACGCGGGAAGGAGUUCGCUACUUUGUGGAUCACAACACCCGAACCACCACUUUCAGCGACCCCCGCACUGGGAAGUCGUCGGUCACCAAAGGCCCUCAGAUUGCCUACGAGCGCAGCUUCCGGUGGAAACUCGCACAUUUCCGUUACCUGUGUCAGUCCAACGCCCUCCCCAGCCAUGUGAAGAUCAACGUCUCCAGGCAGACGCUGUUUGAAGACUCUUUUCAGCAAAUUAUGGCUCUCAAACCAUAUGACCUGAGGAGGAGGCUGUAUGUUAUUUUCAGAGGGGAGGAGGGGCUAGAUUACGGUGGCCUGGCUCGAGAAUGGUUUUUCCUCUUGUCCCAUGAAGUCCUGAACCCCAUGUACUGCCUGUUUGAGUACGCCGGCAAAAGCAACUACUGUCUGCAGAUCAACCCGGCCUCUGCCAUCAACCCCGACCACCUGUCCUACUUCUGCUUCAUCGGCCGCUUCAUAGCAAUGGCACUUUUCCAUGGGAAGUUCAUUGACACCGGCUUCUCUUUGCCGUUCUAUAAACGCAUGCUCAACAAGAAGCUGAUACUCAAAGACCUGGAGUCCAUCGACCCGGAAUUCUACAACUCCCUCAUUUGGAUCAGGGACAACGACAUCGAGGAAUGUGGGCUGGAGAUGUUUUUCUCCGUAGACAUGGAGAUCUUGGGGAAGAUCACGUCUCAUGACCUAAAACCUGAUGGUGCCAACAUCCAAGUGACUGAGGAGAACAAGGAGGAGUACAUCAGCCUGAUGGCAGAGUGGAGGUUCUCCCGCGGGGUUGAAGGUCAGACCAAGGCCUUCCUGGAUGGCUUUAACGAGGUCGUUCCCCUUCAGUGGCUGCAGUACUUUGAUGAGAAGGAGUUAGAGGUGAUGCUGUGUGGGAUGCAGGAGGUGGACCUGCAGGACUGGCAGAGAAACACAGUGUACCGUCACUACACCAGGAACAGCAAGCAGAUCAUCUGGUUCUGGCAGCUGGUGAAGGAGGUGGACAACGAGGUGCGACUGCGUCUCAUGCAGUUUGUCACUGGGACCUGCAGGCUUCCUCUGGGCGGCUUUGCUGAACUGAUGGGAAGCAACGGGCCUCAGAAGUUCUGUAUAGAGAAAGUGGGGAAAGACACGUGGCUUCCUCGGAGUCACACAUGUUUUAAUCGUCUCGAUUUGCCGCCCUACAAAAGCUACGAGCAGCUGAAGGAGAAGCUGCUGUUCGCCAUCGAGGAAACAGAGGGUUUCGGUCAAGAGUAGAAGCGCCGUCCGCUUCUGUUGAUCCACCGUCGCUGUUUAUUCAAGCGACAAAACAAAAAAACAAAACAAAAAAAAUUGCACAAAAUAACUACAAUGUACAUAAGCUAUUUUGUCAUGUUAAACCAAAUCCUAAUUUGCUGCACAAUUUUUGCCACAGUCCCAUUUCCCUUUCCUUAUAUAUUAUAUAACCCCCCCAGACACCCCCCCCCUCCAUUGAAAAUAUGCAAGCAUUUUAAUAUUGUGCUCUUCUAUCUAAAGACAGAAAUCAGUUUUAUUUUGAAGUUCUCCUGACUGGCUUUUAAAGUGUUUUGGAGAGGAUUUUAUAGUUGAAGCACAAUCUUCUUUUAAGGCUCUAGUUCUAUAGAGCUCCUUUAGGCCUACAUUUAGAUUUUAGGAUCUGGUGCCUGAAUUUAUUAUUUUUGGACCCAUAUUCAUUUUUGCAGUUGUUGCAUGCUGCCCCCGAAUGAUUGAAAGACUGCUGUGAACCCCCUCGACCACCACAAGCGCAUGCUAUAACAUCCAGCUGGACGGUUCAGGUUCUCCUGAUCCAAAAGCUUAAAGCCCAGUUCUCUCGAUGUGCAAAAGAACCGAGUUAACGGAAGAGCUCUCAUCCGUGGGGACUGGAAAGCUGUCUCCAUGCUGGAGGUUCCGGACAUCUGCUGCCUGCUUGCACACUGUGACGCAACAAGACCGAAAGGGCUUCUGGCUGGUACCUCAAGAAUGGCACCCCCUCAAAUAAAAAAAAAUAAAAAAAUGGUGUUUAUACGCUCAGUCAACCUUUGGGUCUCGUAUUCAUCUGCAGGUUGUCUCCAGAACUUUAGAGUCAUUUUGUCUGAAAAACAGUUCUCACUUCACAACAUGGAAGCGUUUUUUUUUUUUUCUUUACAAAACAAAAGUUGGCUCCAAAUUACGGAACCAACCAAAGAUAAUCUCUAAACCCCUCUCCUAAAUUCCCAUCAGGAUUCAAUCCUUUUGCCGGUCUCAGACUCUAAAAACUCUCCGUUUCUGAAGCUAACACAUGCCAGUGGAGAGGAACCUUUAAAAACGUCUGUGCUUCCUUUCCAGUCCCUCAUUCAAAAAAAAAAAAAAA